CGCUGCUGACUUCAGCUCCCUUUCUCUCUCAUUCGAUUUUGACGGAGGUUGUGCAUUUUGGUCCGCCCCUCUUCCGUAAAUCUCAUUCCCUUUGCGGAUUUAGGCUCUGAUCUGCUUCGCAGGCGGCGAGAUUUCAUGUAGGCACGUCGGGAUCGAUCGGAGGAUCGAGGAGGAGCUGUCGCUGGAGCUGAAGUGGGUGGCUUUUGGGGGGGUUUUUUCUUGGUUCUUCUAAUUUAUGAUGGGCUGUUUUCCCUGCUUCGGAUCGGCCAGUCAGAGGGAGGAGGAGGAGGAGGUGAAGAAGAGGAAUGAGGGGAAAGGUGGUGGGGGUUUCAAGGGUGCCUCGUUGUCGCACCAUGGCGGUUCUGACAAAUUGAGGUCGAGGACUGGUUCAGACUCCAAGAAGGAAGCAUCAACUCCGAAGGAAAGCAAUGCCGGUCAUAUUGCAGCUCAGACAUUCACUUUCCGUGAGCUUGCUGCUGCCACGAAGAACUUUAGACAAGAUUGCCUUUUGGGUGAAGGUGGUUUCGGUCGUGUAUAUAAAGGAAGGUUGGAGAAUGGACAGGUUGUUGCUGUUAAACAACUUGACAGAAAUGGUCUUCAGGGGAACAGGGAGUUUCUGGUUGAAGUCCUCAUGCUUAGCCUCUUGCAUCAUCCUAAUCUUGUCAAUCUGAUUGGUUAUUGUGCUGAUGGUGAUCAACGAUUGCUCGUCUAUGAAUUUAUGCCUUUGGGAUCAUUAGAAGACCAUUUGCAUGAUAUCCCAGCUGAUAAAGAACCAUUAGACUGGAACAUCCGGAUGAAAAUAGCAGCUGGUGCAGCUAAAGGUUUGGAAUACCUGCAUGAUAAGGCGAAUCCUCCAGUUAUUUAUCGUGACUUCAAAUCAUCAAACAUACUUCUUGGUGAAGGAUAUCAUCCGAAGUUGUCAGAUUUUGGGCUUGCAAAACUUGGUCCUGUUGGUGACAAGACUCAUGUCUCAACCAGAGUGAUGGGAACAUAUGGUUACUGUGCUCCUGAAUAUGCUAUGACAGGGCAGUUAACAGUGAAAUCUGAUGUCUAUAGUUUUGGUGUUGUCUUUCUUGAACUGAUUACAGGGCGUAAAGCAAUUGACAAUACUCGGCCUUCUGGAGAACAAAAUCUAGUUGCAUGGGCUCGUCCAUUAUUUAAAGACCGUAGGAAGUUCCCCAACAUGGCUGACCCAUUGCUACAAGGCCGAUAUCCAAUGAGAGGCCUAUAUCAGGCACUGGCUGUUGCAGCUAUGUGCCUGCAGGAGCAAGCAGCCACUCGACCUUUCAUAGGGGAUGUCGUGACAGCACUUUCAUAUUUAGCUUCACAAACUUAUGAUCCAAAUGCAGCUAGUGUUCAGAGAACCAGGUUUGGUUCAUCUACCCCCAGGUCCCGAAGCGGGUCUGACAAUCAACAGGCUGUUCAUUCACCACAUCAAAAUUCUCCAGACCUUAGGCAAAGGGAUCCAUUCAAGGCGGGUGGUAAAGGUGCAAAAGUUGGCAGAGGUGGUUCUGCUGGUGGCUCUGGGCGGAAGUGGGGCUUGGAUGACUUGGAGACUCAUGAGUCUCAGAUGGAUAGCCCAGUUCAUGUAGGGGUAGCAGAAGGCUCACCAAAGACUGUCGAUCCGAAUCUUGUCAGAGAGCAUGCUGUUGCAGAAGCCAAACUAUGGGGUGAAAAUUGGAGAGAGAGACAACCGAGAAAUACACCAGGUAGCUAUGAUAGUACACAUGAGUAGAGGUCUUGUUUGGAUGGUGCUUUUCUUGCCAUACUUUCAUGCACAAAGGGAAGAUAUAGGUUGCGUGCUUAGCUGGUCAGGACAUAUGACCUUUGCAGGUUUCAUCAUGGUACCACAUUCUUUUUGUGAAUAAGGUUGAUGCUCUGUGACAUCUACUUUCUUGUCAAUCUGCUAUAUCCGCUGGUUCCUUUUCCUGAGAGACGUGAUGUGCCUUACUGAAGCCUUGUAAUGUGGCGUACAAGAUGGCACAGCCAAAAAGUAAAAGGUCGAAAAAGCAUUCAGAAAGUAUAGAGUUUGGAUUUAGAAUGUAUACAUGCAAUCUAGUACAGUCAACUCGUACGAGCAAAUUCGGUGCACAUUCUGUGUAGUGUCUUUUUUACUCGAAGUACAAGAAAAUUUUAUUGGAUUUUUGUCCAUAAAAUCUGCACAUGAGUUUUCUGUUCACAUCUCGUCUCGUAAAACUAUGUUUCUUCAAGUUGUAUGUCAUGCUAUUGGAAACUUGCAGAAUUCUGUUGUAUUUCACUGUGUGAAUUUUCUAGCUUCCACCCUUUCUGGUCACUGUUAUGUCAGACAUUGUUGGUUCCAUUUGUUCUUAUAAUGAUGGAUGAUUAUUUCUCCAA